CUUACAUCGAAGAUUGUCUGAUCUUCCUCUUUGUAUCAAUCCUCUGAUGGACACGAGUUGAAAGAGCAUGAGACAUCGACACAACUCCAUUUGCUCCACCACCAACAACCAUGGGCCAGGCUUCUACGACGAUCGUGGCGACGACGGGCUCAUGCACCAACAUCGUGAGCAACCCUACCGUCAACGCCGGUUCGUGCAAGGGCUCGUGGAACCCAUCCGCGGGCGUCUGCACCAUCCAGCAGCCGUCGGCCACGUCAGGUAGCUGCACCAACGGUGUGUGGGUGUGGGGUCCCAACUACGGUCCGCUCGGCGCCGCGUGCGCGUGCGUCAGUGGCGCGGGGUGUCCGUCGAGCAAGCUUUGCACCGGGUGCCUCAAGAACGGGGUGUGUUCGGGGGACUUUACGACCGCGUCCGAGUGCAACACGUUUGCCAGCGCCAAGUGGUGCGGCGCCUAAGCGCAACAAGGUCUGACCAAAAGGCGCGUCCGCUUCGGAUGCACAGUCGAGCGUCCAACGCGUGGUCAGCCAGCAAUAUGUCUUUAAUGUACCUCAAAAUACAUUGUU